AUGGAUGCAUUUUUAACACCAAAUUAUGACUUUUAUCCAGUAGUAUAUUCAUGUUCAUGUUCAUCAUCUGUAUUUGAUGGUAAAUUAUUUGAUAAUAAAUUAGGAAGAACUUGUUCAACAUCAACAAGAACAAUGGAUAAAUUUUUGUCACUUGAUUAUUAUCCUCGUAAUCAUUCAUUUGAUGAUUCUCCACCAUCUGUUGAAGAUUUACGAGAACAUUUUGCUUCAACUUAUAUUUUAACAAUUGGUCAUCAUGAUACAGAUGAUAGUUCCUGUCGAAUUAAUAUUGAUAAUCGAGCACGACAAGAACAUGAUGAAGAUGAACAAUGUGAACAAUAUAUUCCACUACUACCUGAAUUUUCCCAAGAUGAUGAUUUUUAUCCAACACCAUGUUCAUCUUCAUCGUCAUUAUCUUUCAUUGAUGAUAAAUUACUUCAUAAUGAAUUAGAAAGAAUUAGUAUAACAUCAACAAUAGCAACGGGUCAAUUUUUAUGUAUUGAUCAUCCUCGGUGUCAUUCAUUUGUUAAUGAUUUAUAUUUAAUUGAUACAAAUAAUUUUCGGUAUCAUUGA